GUCUUUUCUUUUUUUGCCCCAACAUUCCAACUGUACAUUCGAAUUCAAGAUGAGUGUAAUAUUCAAAAAGAUCCAAGCGAUCCAAGACUCGCUAUCCGACGACGUGCUCUUGCCCCUCAAGAGCUACAAGUACUCGAGUGUCGAUAAAUCCUAUAUCUCCAAUUACAUACUGAGGCAUUACUGGAAUGCAUUCGUCGAGAUCUUGCCGCUUUGGCUGGCCCCCAACAUGGUCACUCUCUUGGGGUUUCUGUUCAUCGUGGGCAAUGUGAUGCUCAUAGAAGUCUACAUGCCUGAUCUCGUGGGACCUGCUCCUUCCUGGCUAUACUAUAGUUUUGCUCUGGGCAUGUGGAUGUAUUCUACGCUGGACAACGUCGAUGGGAAACAGGCGCGCAGAACGGGGACAUCCAGCGGUUUGGGAGAGCUGUUCGACCACGGAAUCGAUUCUUUGAACUGCACACUGGCUAGUCUUCUCGAGACUGCUGCCAUGGGCUAUGGCUCUUCUCAGCUUGGUGCUUACACUGCUCUCGUCCCUUGCCUCGCAAUGUACUUUUCGACCUGGGAAACCUACCAUACCCAUACACUCUAUCUCGGCUACUUCAAUGGCCCCACUGAAGGCCUUCUUAUCGCGAUCGCCAUUAUGAUUGCCUCUGGCAUCUAUGGCCCUCAGAUCUGGAGCCGACCGAUCGUUGAAUUCCUGAACUACCCGCAGAUCUUUGGGAACAACUCGAUGAAGGAUCUCUGGGUCCCCAUUCUCCUCCUCUCCUUCUUCCUCGGACACCUGCCAGGCUGCGUUCUGAAUGUUAUUGCUGCUCGUAGAAAGCAGAACCUUCCGGUCGCGCCCGUCUUCAAGGAAUGGGUGCCGAUGAUUGUAUUCACGGGCUGCAACAUUGCUUGGCUUUUCUCUCCGUAUUCGACGCUUUUGUCGGAGAACCGACUAGUCCUCUACUGCUGGACCAUCUCGUUUGUCUUUGGACGCAUGACGACCAAGAUCAUCCUCGCUCAUCUGUUAAGACAGCCAUUCCCCCAUUGGACGGUGCUGCAGAUUCCGCUCAUCGGCGGCGCAAUCCUAGCCAACCUUCCCCGCCUGGGAUUCCCUAUGGUGAGCGCCUGGGUGGAGCUACUGUACCUGCGCCUCUACCUUGCGUUCGCCUUUGUUGUGUACAUGCACUGGGCAUUCCUCGUGAUCAACCGGAUCACCACUUUCCUCGGAAUCAACUGUCUGACAAUCCGUCGCGACAAGUCGGCAGCAAGAGACAGGGCGUAUCGUGAAUUUGGCGAGAACCAGCCCCUCAACCCAAACUCUGAGCCCAGCAAAGGGGGUAUCAAGAGCCAUUGACUAUCUUCCUAUGAUGCGUGUAAACAACGCAUCUGAUGGAAUAACUACCUUUGUGUUCGCGAUAUAUAUAGAAUGGCUGCCCAGUUUACGAUCCCUGUUGAAAACUUUGGACCUAAGACUGCGCAACUGGAGAUGGCGAGAGCAGAAAACUCGGGCUUUUCUAUGAUAAUCAGACCCGAGCUGCAGCAUCAUUCUCUUUUUCCUCACCUGCUGGUUACCUUGGCGACGUACAUGUCCUCCCAUAUCUACGAUUAUAAUGUCCCCCCUUGGAUUAUGCCACCAGCAUUCAGGCUGAUGAACUUACGACAUGAGUGGAUGGAUGACGCGGACGCAGAACAGUCGUCCCUAGUCAAGCUUUUUCCGGUAUAUAGUUGGAUGAUAGACAGUAUAAUAGCUCCU